CAGAGAUUGGUGGAUUCAGACGGCCUACUUGGAGAACCACCUUCCCCUGGUUGUUCACUCAAGCCCAGCUGUCAUCCUGCCCAAGCAGGAUUUCAACGACUGGAGAGGACAAUUGAGAUUCGCAGCAAAGCUCAUUGCGGGAGUGCUGGAUUUCAAGGCAAAGAUUGACCGCCAGACCCUGCUAGUUGAGUAUUCCCACGGUCACCCGCUCAGCAUGGACUGCUAUUCCCGCCUGUUUGCCUCUUGCCGACUCCCUGGACGAAAACAUGACUCUAUUUUGCUGCCUCCACCUGGACGGAAACCCCCAAAUUACAUUACUGUUGUUCGCAACUUCCAGUUCUUCCGGCUUGAAGUAUACAACAGUGAUGGGACACCCCUGACCAUUGACCAGAUCUACCUGCAGCUCCUAAAAAUCCGCUCUUUUUCUUGGAAGUUGAAUAAAGAGCCCUUGGGAGUCCUCACCAGUGACCACCGACAUACCUGGGGAGAGGCCUUCACCAGUCUCAUGAAAGACAAACUGAACCAGGAAUCAGCUCUGACGAUCCAACGUAGCCUCUUCACCGUCUGUCUGGAUGCUCCUAUCCUGAAGGUGUCCGAUGCUCACGUCCAAAGCCGUUUGGCAGCUCAGAUGCUGCACGGUGGAGGGAGCUACUCCAACAGCGGCAAUCGGUGGUUUGACAAGACUCUGCAGUUCAUUAUUGGAGAAGAUGGCACCUGUGGGGUCCUUUACGAACAAGCGAUCGCUGAGGGGCCACUGAUUGCCACAGUCAUCGACUACGUCCUUGAUUAUUGCAAAGAUCCAGCCAUGACCCGCAGCCCGAUGAUUCCUCUACAAUUGCCCCAAAAACUUUAUUUUUCCAUCACUCCAGAAGUCAAGCGUGACCUUGAGCGUGCAAAGCAGAAUCUGGAUGUCCUCAUCAGCGACCUGGACAUCCGUUGUUUCACCCACGACAGCUUUGGAAAGGAUUUUCUCAAAAGCCAAAACUUGAGGCCUGACUCGGUCGUGCAAGUCGUGCUGCAGCUGGCGCAUUACAAAGCACACGGGCAAUUGUGUCCCACCGCCGAGACAGCCUCGCUUCGUCGCUUCCAUCAGGGCCGGUCAGAAAUCAUACGCUCUGCUACCUCAGCUGUGCUGGCCUUUGCCCAAGCAAUGGCUGACGAGAAGUGCCAGGCCCCUGAAAGAUUAUCUCUCCUGAAACAAGCGGUUGAAUCCCACAGCACCCUGACAGAGCAGGCUCUGGAUGGACAAGGCAUCGACUGCCAUUUGCUUGGACUGAAAAUGGAGGCCAUAGCAGACGGCUUCCAUGUGCCUGAGCUUUUUAUGGAUAUUUCCUACACCAUGGCUUCAUACUGGAAACUCUCCACAGGACAGGUUGCUUCCCGCACGGACUGCAUCAUGUGUUAUGGGCCCCUCGUGCCUGACGGCUACGCUGUUUGCUACAACCCUUUGCCCACCCAUAUUAAUUUUGCUGUCACCGCCUUCAACUGCUGUGAGGAAACCAAUGCCACUUACUUAGCCGGAAACAUCCAGAAUGCCCUGGCUGAUGUGGGGGCCUUGUUGGGGAACUUUGGAGAAGGCCAGCCUGACAAACUCUGAGAAAAUAUUUUGAACUUCACUUCAGACUUCAAACAUGACUGAGGGCAUCUCUCUAGUUUGGCCAACAGAUGACCCGUCGUUGUUGAAAAAUCCCCAAUCUCUCCCUUGCCUUCUUUUGGGCCAAAAUUUGGGAUGCAGCAUCCUUCAGCACUCCUAAUCCCAUAAUAUCCUUUGCUAGCCCUAACAGGAUUUGCAGGGAAAUGGCUGUCUUUAUAUAAAUAUAUACAUGCACGUCUUCUAAAUGCAAGAUCAGAUCCUAAUUUAUUUCCAGAAUAAAGACAUUUAAACAAUAUAUAUAUAUAGCAGGAAAAGUUCCUGACAAUUUCUUUUUUAGAUCAGUGAAAGAUCAUGAUUUUUUAAAAUUGUGACUGGGUUGCAAGUCCAUUCCAAACAGGCGUUUACAGCAUAGUGAACUAUGAUUGUGUUUCAUGUUCACAUUGUGCCUUAGUUUAGCUGCCCCCAAUUUCUGGGGCCCCAGGGACCAGUACUGGGCAGUGGGCAGGGCAUAGUUUCCAGAGUUACCUAACUCCUGCGCAUAUGCAGAUGACGCUUCACUCGCUUGUGCACCCCAGUUUCUAAUGGGCCGUGGUCCCGUACUGGUUCACAGCCCAGGGUUUUUGGGGUCCCCUGCCUUAUACGCUUUUUCCUAGGGGUUCUCAAAAGUUUGUGUGGUAGGACAACUUUCCGAAACAAUGAAUUGAUUUCUGGGUCUCCCACCCCUUAAAAGAAAUGGCUUCGAUUGGGAUGAGGUUUGGCAAAAGAAAUAAAAGGCAUCACAGUUAAACUCUAAUCCGUAUCUAAAAGGGAUUCUUAAAACUUUGCAGGAUUGCAAUGGGAUGACGUGAAAAACAACGUCCUGUGGCAUUUUCCAUUCUCUCAACGUAGCCCUAGUUUUUGUUUU